CUGCUGGCAUUGUAUUUGUACGCCACCAAGUGGGGCUCUAGAUUCAGCUGCACGUCAGGAUCAGGAAACUUUCCGCUGCCCAAGGCUAAUCACUCCCUUAUUGAAGUAUUGAGUCAAUCACCGAAAUGGUCAUAGGUCGGCUCUGAGGCUUAUUAAGAUUCCAGCUUGGAGGCCAGAGAGAGUUAGCCUGUCUCCAGCGGUUGUUCUCCAACUGGACUUUGCGGAACUCUGAGCGCGGGUGGAGGGUUCGGGUUUCGCCCUCUGGGGACCUCGAGCCUCUGCAGCGCCUGGUCGCUCGGUCCGCCUGUGCUCCACCGAGAGGCCCAGCGCGCCGCGGCUGGCCGAGCCAGGAGGCGGCGAUCCCGGCUGGGCCUGGACUUCCUUCCUCCGGGGAGGGACAACAGAACCACCCGCAGGCGGCACGGAGCUCCUGGCAGCCUGCUGGAAGCGCAGCGAUGGGUUCCCUGCUGAGCAGCGACAGCUCCAAGUCCGCGCCCGCCUCCUCUGCCCCGGGGACCACCACCCUGGAGCGCAGCGCGGACCCGAAGCUGCCCAUCACCUCUUUCGACUGCUCCGUGUGCCUGGAGGUGCUACACCAGCCGGUCCGGACCCGCUGUGGCCAUGUGUUCUGCCGAUCAUGUAUUGCCACCAGUAUAAAGAACAAUAAAUGGACCUGUCCAUACUGCCGGGCGUACCUUCCUUCAGAGGGGGUGCCAGCAACUGACAUAGCCAGAAGGAUGAAAUCAGAAUACCAGAACUGUGCUGAAUGUGGGACUCUGGUUUGCCUCAGUGACAUGAGGACCCACAUAAGGACUUGUGAGAAGUACAUCGAAAAAUACGGGCCGCUGCAAGAACUCGGCGAGACAACAGCAAGAUGCGAAUGCCCAUUUUGUCAGAGGGAACUGGAUGAAGACUGCUUGCUGGAUCACUGCAUUACCUACCACAGAUCAGAAAGGAGGCCUGUGAUGAGUGCUCUAUCUGCAUGCCAGAAGAGGACAUCAGAUCCCAGGAUAGAUGGUUGUGAGCCGCCAUGUGGUUGCUCCUAUUUGCACUCAGGACCUGGAAGAUCAGACAGUGCCCUUAACCACUGAGACACCUCUCCAACUUCUUCUUCUUU